GGGUAAAUUCACAUCUCAUAGUUCAGAACCCCCACGACAUCAGUUUUAUUGAUCUAGAUGAACUUGGACGUGCAUGACAGGAUGCACCAAAAAGUCUCAAGGAAGCAUUUCCCAAAUUGAUCAGGAAGUCACCCAUUUUGGGCAUGGCAUCAAUGUUUGAUGAUCAUCUUCCAGUCUGGGUUGUUGAUGGGUGAGUCAAUAAAAUUUCAUGGAAAGACAACUUCGGGGAAAAAAGGAGGAGGAGGUUGUUUAAAACUUUGACUGCUGCUUUCCACUACGCCUGCCACCAGACCAAACCAGGACUUGGUCCAUAUUUAACCACACACACACACACACACACACACACACGCGCACACGCACUCGCACACAUGCAAACUUACACGUCUUUGUGCCUGUCUUUGUAUCCUCUCCAUUUCCAUGGUUCCAUAAACUCCACCCAGAGAGAGAAAACGUAUAUAAGCAAAAAUCACCAUCUCCUCAUUGCGACGUUUGAAGAUUUCACUUGUGAAGUGUUGGAUCCAUGAUGGGAAUUUCAAAUUACAGGAAUUUUUUUUGUUUUCCAUUUUUGGGUUUAAUCGACCACCAGAAGCUCCUUCACGGGGACGCAGACGAUUGCAUACACAGGAUGUCUUUAAAAAAUGACCACCCCGAUCUGAAGCCUUUGCCGCCAUCGCCAUGGAAACGUCGACCCAGAGACGCAGCGGGCGCGGUGCCAGCUCGCCGGCCCGAAUCACCCGCCUGCAGGAGAAGGAGGACCUGUGCAACCUCAAUGACCGGCUGGCCGUUUACAUCGACAAGGUGCGCUCGUUGGAGACAGAGAACGCGGGCCUGCGUUUACGCAUCACCGAGUCCGAGUCGCAUGUCAGCCGAGACCUGAGCGGCAUUAAGGCGGCGUAUGAGGCCGAGCUAGCCGACGCCCGCAAGACCCUGGACCAGGUGGCCAGGGAGCGGGCCCGUUUGCAGCUGGAGCUGGGCAAGGUCAGGGAGGAGUACAAGGAGCUCAAAGCCAGGAACAGCAAGAAGGAGUCUGACUUGGACGCAGCUCUGGCCCGCCUCCGAGACCUGGAGGCUCUGCUUAACUCCAAAGAUGCCGCCUUGAGUACAGCCCUGGGUGAGAAGCGCACCCUGGAGGCCGAGAUCAAGGAGCUCAAGGCUCAGCUAGCCAAGCUGGACGGUGCCCUGGCAGACGCCCGUCGUCAGCUUCAAGAUGAGAUGCUUCGUCGCGUGGAUGCCGAGAACCGUCUACAGACAGUGAAAGAGGAGCUGGAGUUCCAGAAGAACCUCUACAACGAGGAAAUCCGCGAGUCCAAGCGUCGUCACGAGUCUCGCAUGGUGGAGAUUGACGGUGGGCGGCAGAUGGAGUUUGAGAGCAAACUGGCAGAGGCUCUGGCCGAGCUGAGGGCUCAGCAUGAGGAGCAGGUUGGACUUUACAAAGCUGAGCUGGAGAAGACUUAUAAUGCCAAGUUGGAUAAUGCCCGGCAGUCGGCUGACAGAAACAGCCACUUGGUGGGUGCUGCGCAUGAAGAGCUACAGCAGACACGCAUUCGAGUGGAGGGCAUGUCGGCUCAGCUCAGUCAGCUGCAGAAACAGCUGUCCCUGAGUGAAGCGAAGGUGCGCGAGCUGGAGGACACGCUGAGCCGGGAGCGCGACCUGAUGCGGCGCAGGAUUGAAGACAAGGAUCGCGAAAUGGCCAAAAUGCACGCGCGGCUGCAGCAACAGCUGGACGAUUACCAGGAGCUCCUUGACAUCAAGCUCACCCUAGACAUGGAGAUCAACGCCUACAGGAAGCUGUUGGAAGGCGAGGAGGAGAGGUUGCAGCUGUCGCCCAGCCCUCAGUCCGGCCGAAUGACGGUGACGCGUACCUCGGGCUCGUCCCACAGCCACAGCCGCCUUCUUCACGCCACGCCCGGUAUCGCCUCCAGCAGCCGCACGUCCUCGGGAGCCGCCAAGAAGCGGCGUCUCAACGACAACGACAGCGACACAUCCAGCUUGGCGGUGGCCGGGGGCACCGUCACCAAAACGCGCAUCAUCCAGCACGCCGCAGCUAGCGGACGUGUCACUGUGGACGAGGUGGACCAGGACGGGAAGUAUGUGAGGCUCAGCAACAAGAGCGACGAGGACCAAUCCCUGGCUGGCUGGCAGUUGAAGAGACAAGUGGGCGAAGACGCGGCCAUCAUCUACAAGUUCCCCCACAAGUACACCCUGAAGGCUGGAGCCACCGUCACCGUGUGGGCGGCGUCAGGCGGCGGAAGCCACUCCCCGCCGUCGGAUCUGGUGUGGAAGAGUCAGGAUUCGUGGGGCACCGGCGACAUCCUGCAAACCGUCCUCAUCAGUGCCGCUGGAGAGGAAAUGGCCAGCAGGAAAGUGACCCGCACCCUCUUCCAGGAGGAUGACGAUGACAUGGGAGCUCACAGCACCAGCGGUGAGAAUGAGUACAACCUACGCAGUCGCACGGUCAUCUGCGACUCGUGCGGCCAGACGUCGGACCGCGGCCACGGCAGCCACGGCGGCGGAGGGCCCGAAGGCCUUGUGGGACAUUCCUUUUUCGUGGCCAACAACCUGCCUAGACAGAGUCGCGUCAAGCCUGAGAACUGCGCGGUCAUGUAAAAGCAAACUUGGCCCCGUCUCCUGUUGCGCAAUCAUGAGCAUCGCCUCUGGGAUGUUUUUUUUCUUCCCAUAAUUACCUUCAAUUUUUUUUUUUUUUACAUGUAUCCACUAUAAAUUUCUCUGCUGCUUGAAGCUCGCCUGAAGACCACAAAAGCUUGCUCGUGUUUAAUCCAUUUACUGUAUGUUAUUGCAUGUGCGCAAACGCUUGUGCUAAUGCUAACAGACACAUACACGCACACACGCUCGCACUUAGGCAAAUGCAUCCACCCAAGGUGACGAUUAUUGCUGUCAAAAGUCAACACGCACAGAUGGUGAACCCCAAAACAUCAUCAGUUUUUCCGAUGUAAUUUAAACUGUUAGUUUUUGUUUUUGUUUUUGUUUUUUCCCAAUGAAGUGGUGGCAAAAUACAAUGACUUUGGAGUUCCAAAUUCUCAUUCAGAGCGUUAAUUUGUAGAAAGUGAAAAAAUUUCAAAAUACCCAAAAGAGAUAUCGUCAAAUAUUUUUAAUUUAACUUUUUUUUUUGUGGGUUUAAAUUUUUUUCCAGAACUACACACGGAUGCAUAUUGUUAGCCUAAUACUUAAGUCAUAUUUGAAUGUUUUCGGAAAACAAGAAAAAAAAACAUUUUUUUAAGCAUUUUUAUGAGUAUUAUUAGCCAAAUAGUGCAAUUGACAAUAUUUUGAACUCUGUCACAAUAUUUGUACUUGUUAAAAAACAAACAAAACAAAAAAUCACUUUUCUUGUUCUCUGUAAACGUCCAAAUAGGUCUUUGUCAACUCUGCAUACCUUUGCAUAGAAACAUAAAGUGAAGCUAAUGAGGCUCGUUUGUAACGUCAUAACUUGUGGCUAAUCAUUUAUUAACAAACCAUUUUUUUCCUUUUCAACAUUUUAUGAUUGUGCCAGGAUAAAAUGUUUUGUAAUCUCAGGGCAAACAUUUCUAUGUGGACCCCACCCCCCCCACCCCACCCGCGCCGCCAACCAAAAAACUUGCAUUUCCCCCAUUUCCCGGCUUGACCUAUGGAUGGUUUUUUUUUUCUCUUUUUUGUUGUGCUAGAACGCCAAAGAUUGGCAACUUUUGGAUUGGGUGUCCUUGUAUGCGUCUGGUGCCGCACGUGAGCAUUUACAGCAGUUGCGCAAUCAUUGAUUUUUGGCAUGCCUUGAUGCUUUUUUGCUGGCUUUUUAAAACACUUUUUCUUGCAAGUUUUGCCUUGAUGGAACAUUUGUACUGUAUUCAAGCAGCUUGUCAGCCAAAGAAAGCAUAGCCAAGCGCUUAUUGGAAAAUACUUGAUGGCUUUUUUUUUUUGGCUUUUUUUUUUCCCCGCCACUUUUUAUGAUAUUUUGUUACUUAAAAGUGCCUUCCAGUCCUCUUCAAAGAUUUGGAAUUAACAUAGUUGAUGUGUAACAUAAACGCUGUUAAUUGAAAUAUUUUGAAUUUUUGGAAAUCUGCCAAAUGAAAUGCUUGCCGUUUUGAGAUAUCAUGUCUGUCUUGAUCGAAGACCUAUUCUUCAAUAUUGGAUUAUUUUUGUGCUUCUUUUCCAAAUAAAAAUGUAAAAGGAAAACAAUG